AGGCCGAGCCGGCCGGCAGUUUCGUCUCCCCUGACCCCUGCACCUCUGCUGGUCUCCUAUCGACCUCUCUGAAUUCCUCCAUUGUUGACGGCGAGGAGGCAGCCCUGACGCCUGCCAUGGCGAAGGACGCGCCGGAGAGCUACUCCCCUGCAAAGGAUGAGAGGAGUGCAAAGGAGAAGGCGAUUGACGACUGGCUUCCGAUCACCUCGUCAAGGAACGCCAAGUGGUGGUACUCUGCCUUUCACAAUGUCACCGCCAUGGUUGGCGCUGGCGUGCUCAGCCUUCCGUAUGCCAUGUCUGAGCUUGGCUGGGGCCCUGGCAUUGCAGUGCUGAUCAUAUCAUGGGUCAUUACUCUGUACACGCUUUGGCAAAUGGUGGAGAUGCAUGAGAUGGUGCCGGGCAAGCGGUUCGACCGGUACCAUGAGCUUGGUCAGCAUGCAUUCGGCGAGAAGCUGGGGCUGUGGAUUGUUGUGCCGCAGCAGCUCAUCGUUGAGGUGGGCGUCAACAUUGUGUACAUGGUCACCGGAGGCAAAUCACUGAAGAAAUUCCACGAUGUGAUCUGCGACGGCAAAUGCAAAGACAUCAAGACCACCUACUUCAUCAUGAUAUUUGCCUCUGUCCACUUUGUGCUCUCCCAGCUCCCCAACUUUAAUUCCAUCUCUGGUGUCUCCCUUGCCGCUGCCGUCAUGUCGCUCAGUUACUCCACAAUCGCUUGGGGUGCAUCGGUGGACAAGGGCAAGCUUCCAGACGUGGACUACCACGUGCGCGCAACAACGACGCCGGGGAAGGUGUUUGGCUUCUUCGGCGCAUUGGGCGACGUGGCAUUCGCAUACGCUGGGCACAAUGUUGUUCUAGAGAUCCAGGCCACCAUCCCAUCGACACCAGAGCAGCCAUCCAAGAAACCUAUGUGGAAGGGAGUUAUCGUCGCCUAUAUUGUGGUGGCACUCUGCUACUUCCCUGUUGCGCUCAUCGGCUAUUGGGCUUUCGGCAACAAAGUGGAUGACAACAUCCUCAUCACCCUCAACAAUCCAAAGUGGCUCAUCGCCCUUGCCAACAUGAUGGUCGUGAUCCAUGUCAUCGGGAGCUACCAGAUCUAUGCAAUGCCGGUGUUUGACAUGAUGGAGACUGUGCUGGUGAAGAAGCUGCAUUUCCCUCCUGGCCUGACAUUGCGUUUGAUUGCACGGACCAUCUAUGUUGCUUUCACAAUGUUCAUAGCCAUCACCUUCCCCUUCUUCGGUGGGUUGCUCGGUUUCUUCGGUGGAUUUGCCUUCGCGCCGACAACAUAUUUCCUUCCCUGCAUCAUGUGGCUCGCAAUCUACAAGCCCAGAAGGUUCAGUCUCUCAUGGUUCACCAAUUGGAUCUGCAUUAUUCUUGGGGUGCUUCUGAUGAUCCUAUCGCCAAUUGGAGGGCUUCGGCAAAUAAUAAUGGAUUCUAAGACAUACAAAUUCUACUCGUAAACCACUACCAGCCAUCGUCUUCCGACUUGUAAACAGCAUCUACGAGUUUUUUUCGUGCCAAAAAGAAAAGGUCCAAGGAAGUUCCUAGUACCGGAAGUUGUUCCACAUGUUGGGUUAGUUUUUUAGAUAAAGGAAAAUGUUUCCGGCACAUGUUGGGUUUUGUUAUAUUAUACAUCCGUAUUGUUUCUGAAUAUUCCAGGGUGAACGUGGCUUGUGUGUGUUUGUGCAUAA